AUGGAUGAGUUGAAGAUAUUUGUCGAUGCAUGUUUGGCAAAUGAAGAGUGGAAGAAGGUUUUGUACGAUGUCAUUGCACAUCACGGGGAGUUUGUGCAUAUGAGGCAAUUGGUUACUAUAAGGAAGUUUGAGGAACAAAGUGCUGCUCUGGAUUUUGAGCAUGUAAUUCCUUCUGACUUGGCUUUCAUUUGUAAUCCAGUAACCAAGUCUUUAUCUCGUGAUUCCAAUAAGUAG